AUGAUGUCACUUGCAACAGCAAAGCCGAAACCAUCAGCUUCGUCAUCCAACGCGACUCAUCAGAAGGGGCAAACAGGUAUGAACGGAGGCCGCUGGACGGAGCAAGAACACAAGAGCUUUCUUGCGGGCUUACGGCUGUACGGUCGUGAAUGGAAAAAAGUGGCCGGCAAAAUCGAAACGCGUACGUCUGCACAAAUUCGCAGCCAUGCACAGAAAUACUUUGCUAGACUCGCACGGGACGACGAAAUGCGUAAGCACUGCGGGCUGUCCAUGGGAAUACCUGGGUCUGUCGGUUAUUUCAGCGAUGGCGGCUCUUCCAUCGCACAAAAUAGUGGUGAUGAUGACGCCGAUCCACCGGUCCUAUCGCGACAAAUGAUGAGCGCGCGAUCAAGAGGUGAAGCUAAUGAAACGCCUGAUAUCGUUAUUGCCCCAAUGAGCUCGGAAGUAGACGACCAAUACAAACCAACCGCCAAGACGACUAAAAAGCGAUCACGCGCAACACAGGCAAGCUUUGACAGUCGAAUGGGAAUGAGCUCGCCUAUCUCGACCUAUCCAUACAAGCUUCACAAACGAACAAAUGAUGCCACGCGAGUGGAACGUCUUCCGUCACAAGAAGAGCUGCUUGCAAAGGCGUCUCCCAAUUUACGUCAUCGAUUGUCAUGUCUUAUUGAACCAGAGCUGUGUGCUCUUCAAGUUCUCUUGUCCUAUGCUAUGCUGCAGCAACAAGACCAUGUUUCGGCACCAUGCCAAAAAGCCAAGCGACAAAGUAGAACUCACAACCUAGCCACAGCGACCACUGCCGCCACAGGAAGCGCCACAGCGUCGUCACUUGGACUCUCGAUGCUGUCCACAGAGCAGAUUCGAUCGGCUUCGUCGAUUUAUUGA